AUAAAUACAAGACUAAGAUUGAAUAUUUCCAUAAGCCAUUAAACAAUUAACUGUACUAUGAGCUCAAUGGAGGAGGAAACUCUUCCUCUGAGUGUGAUCCAUGUCAACAAGUCCUUAGUUUUCAUCAAUAGGUUACACACAAUCCUCCAUUCCAUUGCUCUUUGUUUCUUAGUUUACUAUAGGCUUUGUUUCUUCUUUCAAGACUCAAAAACAAGAGAAACACCAUUGUUACCUUACCUUCUAGUCUUUUCAUCUGAAAUCGUUCUCUCUUUCAUUUGGAUUUUUGACCAAGCAUUCCGUUGGAAUCCGAUUAAAAGAACCGUCUUUCCAGAAAGACUACCUGAAAAUGACAAACUUCCUAACAUUGAUGUGUUUAUAUGCACUGCAGACCCAACUAAGGAACCUACUUUAGAUGUUAUGAACACUGUUUUAUCAGCUAUGGCAAUGGAUUAUCCACCUGAGAAACUUCAUGUGUAUGUUUCUGAUGAUGGUGGUUCGCCUAUUACGUUGAAUGGUAUGAAGGAGGCUUGGAAAUUUGCAAAGUGGUGGAUUCCUUUUUGCACAAGAUACAGAAUUUCGUGUAGGUGUCCUGAGGCUUACUUUUCGGAUUCUCAGAAUGAUGGUGAUGAUUUUUCUGAGAAUGUCGAGUUUAUUGCCGAUAAGAGAAUGAUUAAGGAAAAAUAUGAGGCAUUCAAAGAAGGUAUAAUGAGAGUAAAAGAGGAUCAGAACCAUACUACUGGCAUAACAGGUCAAAAUCAUCCUUCUACUAUAGAGGUGAUUCAAGAAAAUUGCAGUGGUGAAAUAGAGCAAGUGAAAUUGCCACUGCUUGUAUAUGUUUCCCGUGAGAAAAAACCUUCUCAUCCUCAUCAUUUCAAAGCUGGAGCCCUCAAUGUCCUUUAUCGUGUCUCUGCAGUUAUCAGCAACUCUCCGUAUCUUCUAGUACUGGAUUGUGACAUGUUCUGCGGUGAGCCAGCUUCAGCAAGACAAGCAAUGUGUUUUCACCUUGAUCCCAAGAAAUCACCUUCACUUGCUUUUGUUCAAUUCCCUCAGAAAUUUCACAAUAUAAGCAAGAAUGACAUAUAUGACAGUCAGCAUAGAUCAACAUAUACAGUUUUAUGGCAAGGUAUGGAUGGAAUUACGGGACCCUUAUUAUCUGGAACAGGAUUCUAUAUGAAAAGGGAAGCGUUAUAUGGGAAUUACAAAAUUAAAGACACAGAUUUUAAACUCCAAGAAUACGUUGGCACAUCCAAUGAAUUCAUCAAAUCCUUAAAGCAAAAUUGCAGUCCAAAUAUAGUCACUGAUGGGAAUGCAUUGCCUAUAAAAGAAACUUUGCUUUUGACUUCUUGUAAUUAUGAAAUUGGAACUAAAUGGGGUAAAGAGGUUGGAUUUAUGUAUGGUACUGUAUGUGAAGAUGUUCAUACUUCAAUCAUGCUAAGUUGCAAUGGUUGGAAUUCAGUUUACUGUGAUCCACCUAAGCCACAGUUCCUUGGAAAUAGUGCCACUAAUUUGAAUGAUUUGUUCAUUCAAGGAACUAGAUGGAGCUCUGGUUUGCUUGAAAGUGGUUUGACCAAAGUGUGUCCCCUUAUAAACUGCCCUUUAAGGAUGUCUCUACUUCUUAGAUUCUGUCUUACAUACAUUACAUGUUUCCCUCUACAUUGCUUGCCUUUUUGGUGUUUUGCUAUUGUUCCACAGAUUUGUCUACUAUCUGGAGUUUCUCUGUACCCUAAGGUCUCAGAACCAUUUUUCUUCAUUUAUGCAUUCAUCUAUCUAUCAGCUCAAACCAAACAUUUAUUUGAAGCCCUCUCAACUGGAGGAACAUUCAGAACAAUGAUAAUAGAACAAAGAAUGCGGAUGAUGAGAUCAAUCACAUGUCAUCUAUAUGGACUUUUAGAUUGUCUAAUGAAGGAAUUUGGUUUAAGAGAAGCUAGUUUCAUGCCAACAAAUAAAGUGAAAGAUGAGGAACAAACUAUGCUUUAUCAAAUGGACAAAUAUGAUUUCAGAAUACCAAACAUGUUUCUUGUACCAAUGGUUGCACUCAUCAUGAUCAACAUUUCUUGUUUCAUAGGAGGCAUCUAUAGAGUUUUGUCUUUGGGAGAGUUGGACAAGAUGUUCAUACAAAUUUAUCUUAUGGCUCAUAUCAUUCUUGUCAACUAUCCAAUCAUUGAAGGGAUUGUUAUAAGGAAAGAUAAAGGAAGAAUUUCUCCUUCAGUAGUUGUAACAUCUAAUGUCUUGGCCACAAUUCUCACUUGUGCACUUUAUCCUUUACUAAGGAAGGUAUAAUAGGGUCAUUUCUUUAUGGCAAAAGAUACUAAUACAUUAUUGGUUUUUAUGUACCCCAAACAGACUCACAGAAAUGUUGUGUAGUAAAGAAAUAUAACAGAUUCCAACAGCAUCAUCAAUUGAUGACUGUUGGAUGGAAUAAAGUGAUAUAGAUUUCAGAAUUAUUGUCAA